UGUCACCCCUCCGUGACUGUCACGCGCCGCCUUGGCCGGAAACGAUGACCGACGCGCUCUCCGCAACAACACUCAAUGGCGCCCUCCCCGACCCUGUCUCUGCCCCGGACUCGCCUGCCGUAGACUCUGUGGCCACGCCCAUCAACAACUCCCUCGUGUCCGACAUCAAGAUCGACGUCGACUUCACUGAGCAGGAGAGUGACGCGCGACACGAACCUCCCGCGCUCCCCAAGGCGGAGCAGCUGGAGGACGCGUCCGUCGUCCCCCAGGUCAGCACGCCUGUAGACCCUGACUCCAUCCCGAUCGCGCCUCCACACGGCACACCUCCGCCACCGCCCGGUGAGCUGUUGGAGGACGUGAAGAUGGCCGAAGAAAACGCGUCUGCGAAAGGCGCAGACGUGGAGAUGUCGGAUGCGAGUGGCCAGACGAACGGUCUCCCUAACGGACAAACUCCAUACGCUAAUUCUGUCAAUGCUAAUAACGAUGACAAUGAUGAUGAUAAACCCCCGCCCGCUAAGAGAGCUAGGAAAUACUCGGAUGCGGAGAGAGCGUCGCUCGCAAACACUGCCACUCCACCUCCAGCAUCCGUGUCCCCUCCCGCGACUAUCACGCCUCUUCCAUCGACUUCUCCGCCUACUCUCACCCCGGCUCAAUGGCGCUUCUGUCUGUCGACCGUACGCACGCUCAAGCGGAUGAAGGACUCUGGCCCCUUCCUCAACCCCGUCGACCCUGUCGCGUUGGGCAUUCCCCAUUACCCGACCAUCAUCAAGCACCCCAUGGAUUUCUCCUCCAUCGAGCGCAAGCUUACGACUUCUAAUCCCGCGAAGCCUGAUCCCAACCCUGCUAACCCUCGGUACGGCUCGGUCGACGAUAUCGUCGCGGACAUUCGCCUCAUCUUUGCGAACUGCCUCACAUUCAACGGUCCAGACCAUCCUGUGACGCAAAUGGGCAAGCGCGUUGAGGCUGUCUUCGACAAGCAGGUGAAGCAAAUGCCCCCGCCCGAGGAGCCCAAACCUCCUGCACCGAAGAAGAUCGCGACCCCUCCUCCUCCCCCUCCGCCUGCGCCUCCGAAGAAAGCUGCCCGUCGUCCUUCUAACCCCGUACCCGUCAUCAGGCGGAACGAUGAGGCCGCGGGCGUCAGUCGGCCGAAGCGCGAGAUCCACCCUCCAGCCCCGAAGGAUCUUCCGUACGCUGAGGCAACACGGAAACCACGGAAAGCGAAGGCUCCUAGGGAUGCGGCCACUGCGGAGCAGCUGAAGUUCUGUGAGAAGCUCUGGAAGGAUCUUCACCAGAAGCAGCAUUAUACCAUCGCGCAUCCCUUCUACGAGCCAGUCGACCCGGUGAAGAUGGGGAUCCCUGAGUAUCCCAAGGUCGUCAAGAAACCCAUGGAUCUGGCGACGAUGAAGAAGAAGCUGGACGCCGGCGAGUACAGCACGGCUGAGAAGUUCCGCGAGGACUUCAGGUUGAUGGUCAAGAACUGCAUGACCUUCAAUCCUCCCGGCAAUCCUGUCCACGAGGCAGGGAAGGCUCUUCAAGUCCUCUUCGAAGAGAAGUGGAAGAACCUGCCUUCCCCGCGUCCAUACGAGGACAGCGAUGACGAGGAGGAGGAGGAGGAAGGGUCCGAGGACGAGCGUGCUCGUAUGAUUGCGGACAUGGAGACGCAAAUCGAGAAUAUGAAGAACCACCUCGCCUCGCUGAAACGACCGGCUAAGGAGAAGAAGGAGAAGAAGAAGGAGAAGCCGCCCAAGCCCACUCCUCCUGUAGCGUCGACGUCGAAACCCACACCGAAACAGACGAAAGCGCCUCCUGCCCCCAAGGGCAAGAAGACGAAGAAGCCUGUUACCGACGACGAUGUCCUCACUUUCGAGCAAAAGAAGGACCUCAGCGACACGAUCAGUAAGCUCGACGGCGCGAAACUCGAGAGGGUCAUCCAGAUCAUCCACGAGGGCGUGCCAGAGAUUCGUGACAGUACGGAAGAGAUCGAGCUCGAGAUCGACCAGCUUCCAGCAGCUGUACUGACGAAGCUCUACAACUUCGUCAUCCGACCACUCAAGCCCCCAGUCAAGCGACCACGCACUGGCAAGGGCACGGGUACUGGCGGGCUGAAGCGGAAGAGCAUGGACGAGGACGUCGAGACGAAGAAGAUCCGCGCGCUGGAGGAGAAGCUGAAGUCCUUCGAGCAGGGUGGGCGGGCGUCUGGAGGAGGCGCGAACGGCGCGGGGCCAGCAGAGGAGAGCGAGCAUUCCUCCGCGGAGUCGAGCUCGGACGAGAGUUCAGCGAGCGAUUCAGAGUGAACUUUCACGCAUGCCUUCCUUUGUCGUUCUUCGGACUCCCAGAUAUACUCUCGCCGUAAUAUUCUCAGCCUGCAUGCGUCCACCUCUGCUCGGUGACAUCUUCCUUGGGUUGUACUCCGCGUCGUUCUCUCCGUCAAGUUAUACACUUCGUCAUCAUCAGCGUACAUAUUAAAAUUACAGAACCCGACCAUGUAGCUAGUUAGUACUAUACGUUCAUAUUCCACUUUCUUGUAACUCAUCCUUCACACCUCGAAAUGCACGAUGUGAGCAUUACCGACGGCGACCAGGCGCGCCUGCACGGAAGUUCUGCCAUCCAGAUCGCGACGCCUCUUUGGUGGGGCCUGCGGCGGGCUUGGGUGGUGGAGGGAGCCUCGAUGUCUGAGGAGCGGA